AUGAUGAUGGAAUGCCCACGUCUCAUCAUGACAGUUGCCAUCCACUGGAUGCCCUUGAUUGCGUCGACGGAGCAGAGCGUUGGUAACAUUGGCAAGGUGCUGCUCGUGGCGGGACAGAGCGAAUGCUUUCAAAAAACGCACUGCCCCGAGAUGCCGCUGCACCAUCGCACUGCCAAUGGCGGUCCUGAUGUCAGGGAUCACCGCACGACAUAUCCAUCGAUCCUCUUCGCACGUGCCCAUCGUUCAAGGCUACCCUUGCCAGCCAUCUACCGCGCCAUCCGAACCGCCAUCCGUGACGGCCGUACAGCACCGAUGACCCGUCCAGGGCUUACCUCUUCGUCCCAGGCACCGACGUGUCGUGCUGGUGUGAAGAUUGCAUGCACAGCACGUACUCUGGCAACAUUGAGUCGAUGCAUCCCACUUGCGUAUUGGAACGAGGGCCGCUACCACAUCCUGUUUGAGUACAGGGACGCACCGAGUCUCCCCUGGCAUGCAGAACACGGCAUUCUUGCAGAGGUUGGCCUGAGCGAAUUCCACCACCGUGACGGCCUCGAUGUGUCCAUGUCACUCUUCUCCAUUGUGACAUUCAUUUCACACCGGAGCAACGACGCAAGCACCAUCGAGUCUGCUCGUUCUGAUGCCAUGCGCAACCACCCCCCCCCCCAAGCUUCACAACGGCAGGUGUGGACACUGUGUUGGUGUGCGCGUGCCGGUGGUUUGGCGAAGAGCGAAUGGGCCGUGAGGGGGAAGGUUGGAUAUGACCCAUCGUGUAAGCAGGCAGAGGAAGAGUUCAACAAGUACACGUACACGGAGCUGGCGCUGGAGACCAAGUUUGGGCUCAUCGUGGAAGCAUUUGGGUACCCCUCCUUCAGGUGUGCCAUCCCCGUCAUUGUCGUCGAUCACUACGUGCUGGUGCGUAUGGAUGGAUUUUACAUUGUGCGUGUGUGUGUGUGUGUGUGUGUUGGUCUUCCGAGGAUCCUGCGGUCGAUCCCUGAUGAGGUGGUGGAGAUGAUGCAGAGACGCGUUGUGUUUAUGUUUGAGGAGUUCUUCAAGUCCCUCUCGACCCAAGUGCACACAGCGCUGGAGUCUGCCAGGAUCAACCUGUUCAGUGGCGACAACGCGUGGCAGAGGGCCUUUGAGCCAGCAGUUGUCAACCCCCUCCCCUUCCACCAACCACCACUGCUCUGGUGGGAUGAACAGACGGGCGCUGCCAUGUGA